GCCUGGCGGGCUCCUCCUCCCUGCGCUCCGGAGAGCCCGCCUACCUCCCAACGUGCCCUGCGCGUCCCCACCUCCGAGCCUUUGCAGGGGCCUUUCUUCCCGCCCAGACGCCGUUCCCUCUGCCGGGUCCCCUAUGCCUCGUCCCCAGGCCUGGUACUCUUAGAAGACCUUCUUCGUUUCCCUUUUUGGGAGACAGGUCCUGAAGUUCGAGGGUGCCUUGGAUAAGUCUAGAGUCGGGCCUGGUCUGGCUGGUCUGGCAGGUCCUCCUUUGGUGGGCGUGUUUCACUCCAGACCAUCUUCAGGGUUUUGGAUACCGUGGCCACCCCACGACUCCACGCAACGUGUGGCUUCAUUUUUCUUGGCUUCUGUUUUUGGUUUUUACAUACAUGGGCCCAAGCAGUGCUAGUCAUUCAUGGUGUGGUCAGCAAGCACUGCCUCUUGGAGUCCACAUCAGGCCCGUGCGUGCACGUAAUCCUCCAGCCCCUGUCCUGCCCUGGUGUGGACGUGCCCUGUGCCCCACUUCAGUCAACAUGUCUCAGAGUGUGGUGACAGGCACUCCCCGAUACAGCCCAGUCUGGCUCUGCUUUCUACCUACUGACCCCUCUACCCUCAGGCCUCCCAUUCACCCUGGACCAUGGCCCACCUGCCCCCCGCUUCUCUGCUGGGCACUGUCUAUAGCUCCUCAGCCUGACCCUGGAAGCCUAUGAUGAUUCCCCUUGCCCACCUCUUCACCAUCUGUCCCAACAGUCUCCUGUUGUACUCAACUGUUUGCAAUUUCCUAGAAGUUCCCUGGACACCUUGUCUCCAGGCAUUUGUCCCCAAGGCUUCUUCCUGCUCUCGGUUCCUGUCAGUGUUCAGCUCCUGUCACCCCCUCCCUCCAUAAAGCUUUCCUGUCCUCACCUACUCCCAGCCUCAUUGUCCAUUCUGUUCUGGCCUUGACCUCCUGGGCUGGGCCUCUUGGCUGAUACCCUGACCCUGUUUUUCUAUAGGUCCAUCUUUAUAGCUCCAAGAAAACCCCUUUGAACAAGAAUGCCAUCCUCUCUGGGUCCCCCAUGCCUAUCCCUCAUGGACCCUGAGAUCACCUUUGAGGAGCCUGAGGCUGCACGCCUGCGCUUCCGGGGGUUCUGCUACCAGGAGGUGGCAGGUCCCCGAGAGGCCCUGGCUCAGCUGAGAGAGCUGUGUCGCCAGUGGCUGCGGCCUGAGGCCCACUCCAAGGAACAGAUGCUGGAGCUGCUGGUGCUGGAGCAGUUCUUGGGCACACUGCCCCCUGAAAUCCAGGCCUGGGUUCGAGGUCAGCAGCCAGGCAGCCCAGAGGAGGCUGCUGCCCUGGUCGAGAGGCUGCAGCAUGACCCUGGGCAGCUGUUGGGCUGGAUCACAGCCCACAUCCUGAAGCGGGAAGUGCUCCCUGCAGCCCAGAAGACAGAGGAGUCCUCGAGGAGCUCUCAUCCCUCAGGGACAGUGGAGUCCCCUGGAGCAGUCCCUGGGGAGGGUCCACAGGACACCAGCAUAGAGGGGUCCACCCAGCUCAGCUGCAGUGUGAAGGAGGAGCCUGAUGCUGAUGGGCAGGAAAUGGCACCCUCCAGCACCCCCCUUUCAGCCCAGUCCCCUGAAGGGCACCUUGGAUACAAGGAACCAGAUUCCAUGUCUUUCCACCGACCCAGGAUUCAGGAGGAGUGGGGGUUGCUGGACCCGUCACAGAAGGAGCUGUACUGGGACACAAUGCUGGAGAAGUACGGCACAGUAGUCUCUCUGGGGUUGCCACCCCCACAGCUGCAGCCAGUGCGGGCCCAGCCUGAGCCUGGGACGCUGCGCGAGGGGACCGAGGUGCGCAGAAGCCUUUGCCCAGGAGAUGAGAGCGAGGGUCCGCCGGGCUGCCCAGAGGCCCAGCUACCCCGGGGCCAGGGGCCUGUCUCUUGGGAGGGCCUGUCUAGGGCCGCUGCAUCUGCUCCGCCCGCGGGUCCCCCACCCACGCCCCCAGAGGCUGGGGAGCCUGGCGCGCCUGCCAGGAAGCCCUACACGUGCGAGCAGUGCGGCCUCGGCUUCGACUGGAAGUCGGUGUUCGUCAUCCACCACCGGACGCAUGUGGGCCGGCAGAGUGCGCAGGCCCGGGUCCUGGGCACUGGGGGCGAUGCGGAGAAUUCGCUGCAGUUUCCCCUGGAACACGCUGCUUUGCGCCACCCGCUGAGGUCGUUGGCGGGGCCCAGACGCUAUGUGUGUGAGGAGUGCGGGCGCAGCUUCAGCUGGAAGUCACAGCUGGUCAUCCACCGCAAGAGCCACGCUGGCCAGCGGCGCCACUUUUGCAGUGACUGCGGCCGCGGCUUCGACUGGAAGUCCCAGCUGGUCAUCCACAGGAAGAGCCACCGGCCUGAGGCCGUGUGAACACCUGGACAGGGCAGCCCCACCCUGGGGCCUCAGAGUUUUCAGGGCCUGGAUGCCAGCCCGUGGCAUGAGGAUCUGCCUCAGUCCAGGAGAUUCUGGAGGCAGCAGGGGACUCCGGAGUGAAUGGUGGUCCCAGCCAGUCCCCUGCCCCUGGCCUGGCCCCCUGCAAAAGAACUGGGUGCAAGACAAAGAAGCUGCUCCCUCCUUUCUUGCCCUUGUCUUCUGGAAUGAGGCCUGGGUUCAAGUCCUAGGCUUACUGGUGACUAUGGGGUGGUUACCAGGCCCCAGGCCCCCCUGCUUGUGACAUGGUGCAGGCUGACAAUACUCUCUACUCCUGGGACCCCAUUGCUGCUCCUGCCUGCAGUGGCUGGGCCUGAGGUCUCAGUUUGGAAGGCAGUAGAAAGCCCAGGAAAGCACAUCUGGCUUCUGUUCAUCCUGCUUCAUGUGACCCUGGACCUCCAUGUGUGUGUUAGAUUUUUAACAUAAAUUCCAUUUUUAUAUGGGGA